CCCGGGCAUGGCGGCGGCGGAGCCCGGGAUGAAGCAGUUCAAUGGCGGCGGUGGCGCCGCGCCGGACGCGGAGCGCGGCCGCUUCCCGCACUGCGUGGUGUGGACCCCGAUCCCCGUCCUGACGUGGCUGUUCCCCAUCAUCGGGCACAUGGGCAUCUGCACCUCGGCCGGCGUCAUCCGCGACUUCGCGGGGCCCUACUUCGUGUCUGAAGACAACAUGGCAUUUGGGAAACCUGUGAAGUACUGGAAACUGGAUCCCAGCAAGGUCUUUGCCACGGGUGCCAACGCGUGGGACACGGCCGUGCACGACGCGUCCGAGGAGUACAAGCACCGCAUGCACAACCUUUGCUGUGACAACUGCCAUUCCCACGUGGCUCUGGCCUUAAACUUGAUGAGGUACGAUAACAGCACCUCGUGGAACAUGGUGAAACUGUGCUUCUUCACACUGCUCUAUGGGAAAUACGUCAGCAUAGGGGGGUUUGUGAAGACCUGGCUGCCCUUUGUGCUGUUGCUGGGGGUGAUUGUGACCGUGGUUCUCACCCUGCACCUGCGGUGAUGGCAGCCCUGCCCCCGGGCACACAGAGGAAGGAACUGGGACUGAUCCAGGCCUGGGGCUCUGGGAGCCUGUCCCAGGGAAGGUGGCAGCCCCACUCCAUCGUGCCAGCUCGUCUUUGUCUCCUGGAGCUGGCUUCUUCUCCUCCUGCUCUGUUCUGUCGGUGGUGUCUCCCAGUGCCGGGGUUCUGGAACCUUCUGCUCUCCCUUCCUGCAGCUGGGGAGGUGGGGGUGGGAUCAGGACACGAGGGGUGGGCACCUUUGCUUUCAGUGCCAAGAAAAGCCUCGAGGCAGGCUCAGCCUCCCGCAGUGGCACGAGCAGAUGCACCUUGGGAGGGUCUCUCUGCUUCCCCCUCCUCACCAGACGCUUCCUCCAGUUCCAGCUGGGAGUUGCUGUUUUCCCUGUGGCACAUCUCCCCGUAGCACACACUCCAGAGGGAAGGGUGGGGUUCUCCUGGGAGGGGGGGGUGCCCCAGCACUCAGCCAUGGCCCCCCAGCAGUGGCAGGAGGCUGGUGAGCUGGGACAGCCUGAGGGACGCUCUGUGGCAGGGCCAGCUCCCCUGGUGCUGCUGGUGAGCCUGGGAAGGAGCAAAGCCGAAGGGCUGCCUUGGGAUGGGCUCAUGGCACCGUGCCCCCCUUGAGGAGCCUGCUGCAGCUUUGGGAGGCAGCCCUUUGUCUCUUUUAGCUUGUGCCAGAGAAAAUAGCACUCCCCUGCUUCUCCUCGGGCUCUCAGUGUCUGAAUCUGGCGCUGCAGCCCUCACAAGGCUCUGGUUCCCCUUUGAUCCCCGUGCAGCUGGAGCACAGAGGCCGAGCCUGGGGCUGGGAAGCCUCAGUGGGAGCAGCACCUGAGCCUGGAGCUGAGAGGAGGAGGGGAAGGGGCUGGAGUUGCCAGUCUGGCUGGGCUUGGCAAGCUGGGGCGGUGGCUUUCUCCUGGCUGGUGACUGAGGAAUGGUUUAGGGAGCUCUGGAGAGCACAGCUGGGCACAGGGAUCGGUGUGAGAGCACAGCUCGGGCAGGGUGGGCUGUGGGAGGGGGUUUGGGUGUGAGCUGGAGCCCCUUCUAGAGCUGGGUCUGCUCUGCAGGUGCUGAUUUUGGGGGGCUCUGAGCCAGGGGGUUUAAAGCCAAGCCUGGACUGAGGGGUCACGUUCAGGGCCCUGCUGCCUGCAGAGGUGGGAGAAGAGCCUUUCCACCCACACCUGAAAAGCCAGCUCAUGACCCCAGAACCUGGAGGAUUCCAAGGAAUCCAUUUUGAGGAGUGCCUGUGCAGCAGGAAAAGCUUUCCUGGGGUCCCAGCCGUGUCUGCAGCUUCCUCUGGAGCCCACUCGCUGUCAGCCCUUGGCUUUCAGACCCCUCCCCGUGUGCCUCUCCCACCUCCCGACCCUCCAGCCGUGUGGGAGGGUUGGACCCUCCUCCUGAGCUCAUUUCUGUGCUUUCCCCCCUUCCUCAGUCACUUUUAAAUCAUCCCUCCUGCUCGUUGCUGUCCCUGUCACCCCGCUGUGCCUUCCCCAUCCCUGGAGCUGGAGCUGCAGGGGCUGCUCUGAGCAGCUCCUUGGGGAGUGUGUGGGAUGGGGCUGCUGGGCACGAAAUCCCAGUCACAGAGAGCCUGGGUGAAGGGAUGGAGUGCUCUGAGCUCUGCUCUCUGCCCAGCGGGUGGGAGAGGGCAGUGAACACUUCCCUGUGUUGAGUUCCUUGGGGUGCCCGGCCCGGGGCUGGACCCACCCUCAGCAAUAACCUCGAGCCCCUCCCGUCCGUGUUUUAUCCGUGAGCUCUGCAAGAAUUGCCAAAGCUGAGACUCGGGGGUGUCAGGGGGCCCCCAGAUUUCCAAAUCCCCACUGUGAAAUUCUCUCUCGUUUGCUCCUGAUGCUUUUUACCAGAGCGGAGUUUGGAAUGGCGAGGGCGAGCCCCCGUCCCUCAUCCUUUGUUCCCUUCAUCUCUGCGGGGCGCUGGAUUUCUUUGUAAAUAUUUAAACUCUGCUUCUGUGGUUUCAUAAUCCCGACGGCAGGGAAAUAAACUGAUUUCUGUGGAUA